AUGUCGGAGUACGUCGACCUCGGCGCGCUGACCGGCAAAGGUGGCGCCCCCAGCGGCCGGAAGUACCACUCGCUGCCGCGCGGCCGCCGCCGACACGUGCGCACCCCGAACCCGUUCUGCGUCAUCGACCUAUCACAGGUGCAGUGCGCCGACGACUUCGGCUCGAGCGAGCGUCUCUCGCCGACGUACGGCCUCCAGGGGGCGUUCGGGCGCUGGCCGGCGGCGGGCGGGAGCAUGGCGACGCGGCGGAGCGUGUCGGCGAGCGACCUGACCGCUCACGGGCGGCGGCGGACAGACAGCGGGGUGGUGCGGCGCGGGCGCGGCAGCACGGGCACGUCGAUCGUCGACGUGUCGGCGGUGGCGCUGCGGCGGCAGGCGUCGCGGCUCAGCAUCAACGUCGAGUUGGACGUUCGCUUCAUCGACGCCGAGUAUCGCGAGAACACGGUCGACGUCGGCACGGGCGACGAUCUCAGAAAUGCACGACUCGACUGUCUGUUUGUUGCUUUCAGUGACCAGAUAGCGGUGAGGCAGUCUCAGGUGGACCGUCUCUACGCCGGCCUCAAAGACCUCGCGCAGGAGCGCAAGGCCAAGCUCGACGAGACUCUUAAGCUGUACAUGCUGAACCGCGAGGUCGACGACCUGCUGACGUGGAUCGCCGAGCGUGAGGUCGUCGCGGGGUCGCACGAGCUCGGCCAGGACUUCGAGCACGUCUGCAUGCUGCAGGAGCGAUUCCGCGAGUUCGCCCGCAACACCGAAGCCAUCGGCACGGAGCGCGUUGCCGCGGGCAACGAGAUCGCCGACGCGCUCAUCAACGUUGGUCACUCGGAUGCUGCGCUGAUCGCGCAGUGGAAGGACCAGCUGAACGAGGCGUGGACGGACCUUCUCGAGCUGAUUGAUACACGCACACAGAUACUCGCCUCCAGCUACGAGCUGCACAAGUACUACCACGACUGCAAGGACUGCCUCGGCAUGAUACAGGAGAAGCAGAACUCGAUGUCCGAGGAGCUCGGUCGUGACACAGGAAGCGUGUCAGCCCUGCAGCGCAAGCAUGCUAACUUUGAGCAGGACCUGACCACCCUAGCGGGACACGUGCAAGCUGUGCAGGAGAAGUCCAACAAGCUGCAGGCCGUGUACGCAGGAGACAAGGCGCGCGAGAUACAGAACCGUGAGACCGAGGUUGUCAACGCGUGGCGCAAUCUACAGUCCACCGUCGACGCCCGCAGAAACAAACUGGUGGAUACAAGCGACCUGCUGAAGUUCUUCAUGAUGGUGCGCGACCUGAUGCUGUGGAUGGAGGAGAUCGUGACGCACAUGAACACGCAGGAGAAGCCUCGCGACGUCUCCGGGGUCGAGCUGCUCAUGAACAACCACCAGAGCCUGAAGAACGAGAUCGACGCGCGCGAGGAGAACGUCGACGUGUGCGUCGCGCUCGGACAGACGCUGCUGUCGCGACGACACUACGCAUCCGACGAGAUUAGGGAUAAACUCCUGGGAUUAACCAACCAGAGAACGCGGAUGAUGGAACAGUGGGAACAUCGUUGGGAACAUCUGCAGCUAGUUCUCGAGGUCUUCCAGUUUGCACGUGAUGCAGCCGUUGCAGAAUCGUGGCUUUUCUCUAUGGAACCAUACUUAGGAAGCGAAGAAAUGGGUAGAUCUUUGGAUGAGGUCGAAAUACUCAUAAAGAAACAUGAAGCAUUCGAGAAGUCGGCGAUUGCUCAGGAGGACAGAUUUACGGCUCUCGCGCGACUCACAACGAUGGAGCUCAGGGAUCAACACAAGCGCAUUCACAAAGAAACGGUGCGAUUAAGCCGGAUGGAAUCUGAAUAUUCAGGGUACGAGUUAAAGGAGCUUAGAAGAAGACAAGAAGAGGAGGAGGAGAGAAACCGAGCCCAGCAGAGACAAAUAGAGGAGCAGUUGGAACAAGAAAGAAAAGAAAGGGAGGCAGCUGAGGCAGCCGUGAGGAAGACCGAGUCAACUCGUGCAUCCGGUGACAGUGGGACAGCAGCUGUACCAGCGGAGGGGCCACCGUCACCUCAAGGUGCUGCAGAGGCAGAGAGUGGAGAUGCGCACAUGGAGAGCAUGCUGGUGCGCAAGCAUGACUUGACAGCUGGCGGCAAGAAGGCAACGUCCAGAUCAUGGGAAAAACUUUUCACGGUGCUGAGAGGACCUAGGCUAUCAUUCUUCAAAGACCAGAAGCAUGCUAAACAAGAGGGUGCUGUGCCCCGAGAUGGCCCGUUAGACCUGAGGGGUGGAGAGGCAGAGGUAGCUAGUGACUAUAUAAAGAAGAAGCAUGUCUAUAGACUCAAAUUGUCCGACGGCAGCAUAUAUUUAUUCCAAGCGAAGGACGACAGUGAGAUGGACUUCUGGAUUCGGACGAUAAACUCGGCGCGUGAGAUCGCGGGCACACCGACGAGCCCGAGCCGAGCCCAGACCCUGCCGAUAGGCAGCGAGAAGAAAGAGGAGCCGAAGAAACGUAGCUUUUUCACGUUGAAGAAAUAGGUGCGAGCUUGACAGCUAACGCAAUCUCUCUCCCUCGGCAGUGAGAAAAUAGAACAGCGACACUCCGGGUUGCGUAACAUUUGCGCGCGCUAAGUUAAUUUGUAGUGUUUAGCUUUGUUUGUUUGUUACUUUACACAGUCCGAUGUACCAAAGUGCGACGACGCGAAGGCAUCUCGUGGUUUCCCCGCGUUGCUUCUUCCUCACUAAACAUAGUUGUGCUUUUCGUCAGACGCAGCUUUGACAGAGCAUUUUACGGAGUAUCUAUCGGAUGUACGAGGAAGGAACAGAUGUAUAGAAAUCCAGUUCCACUCGCCUGUUUGCUAGCGCAAACAUUGUAGUGAAGUGUGUGUGUGUGAUAAUCACGAUAUCUGACCAGACUUCGCUUUGACCAAAUGUUUUAUUAUCUAGUCGGAGUGUAACUACAGUGCCGGCAGCACAUUCACGUGUUGACUGCACGCUGGUACAAAUCAUACCGGUAAACAACAGCCGGAGAGCACGUUUAUUUCAUUGAUCAGAUUGCAUUUGAACUUCCUCCUGAAAAUGGAAGUGGAGCAUACCAGAUGUAUGCAUUUAAUUUACAAAAAAAAUUAAUGAAAAGCCCCGCACGGUUGUGAGUGGAAUUUUCGAGAUGUCCUCAAAAACAUGAUUUGAACACGCCAGCGACUUCAUUUGGUAGUUUUGUACUAGCAGCUCUAGCAUUUAGUGCUUGAUUGGCCAUGAGCUUGCUGAUUUCUCUAGAAUUCUCGAAACGUUGGUGUUCUGUACACUAGAUAUGGCAGCUUGUAUGCUUUAUGUACGGCCAGAGAACAGCAAAUUGUCUUCUCUUGCUUUGAUCUGUGUUGUAAAGGGCCUGUGUUCUAAAGAACUCCAUGUGGCCCUGUUUAGUUGUGAUUAUAGUUGUAACAUAGUUGCAGCAUACAGGUGUUACACUCUAGUAUUACAAAUUGGCAUUUAUACAAUUGCAUUGGUUAUAUAGGUAAUAUGUAUUUAGUGUUCUAUGCAAAGGCUUGCUUGACAGUCCAUCAAAAUCAAUGGCUUCAGUAGCAUAUGGCACGCAGGAACUAUUUGUAGUCGCGUCGAUAUUCAAUAGAGAUGAAAUGGGGAAAUCGUAGAGUGACGGAGAGGGAAUGUAUACCAUGUGGUUGAAUAAGUGGAACAGCAUGCGUCAAUUGUGAGUGUAACACGACACUAUGUACAUACUAAGCCUGUGAUUUGAAGAAGCCUUGCCUGGCACGCUUUUGAACAACUAGUCCAAUUUGAACGCAGCCUUUUUAAGUGUUUGUAUAACCAUUUAUUCUGAUAUACGAAGCUGUCUGGUGUUUUUUCACCCGUAUUAUAGGGGGCGUGUAGUUUAGAGAUCCCCUGACGGAGUGCUUGAUUUUAGUUUCUGUCGUAGUUCCUCUUGCAUCCACGGCUUGUUUACUAUGUGAGUAAAACGAUAUGAAGCUAGGGAAGCUCAUCUGUGAAGGGACUAUUCAGAGAUGCUAACUAUUAUUGAUAUCAUGUUUACAUUUAGGCACCGUUAGAUUAAACGAGAUCGCGCGGAGAAAUAAUAACUUCGAGAAAAUGAAGAAUCGCUAUAUUAUAUGUUGAUUCCAUCUAGGUGUUCGGACGUUUUACGAGAUUUAAUCACUAUUCGUGAUUGAUGGCAUGUGCGCCUCGGUAAAGCGAUACUCCGCAGCCAUAAUACUACUAUCCACACUCAUAAUCAGCAUCUGCGCAAUUGUAGACUAGAUCGUCACAUUUAUUUCUGCCUAUUUUUUUGGUCAUGAUGGUUCUCUUGAUUUAAAAAAAUUCUUCAUUGCUUGUCGAAUAAUGUUCUCUAUCGUGUUUGUUUACUCUAAAUAAUGGCACUCGUGGAGAUGCCACGCAGCAUCCCCGUGAAUUAUUUGUCGUUCUCUCCGUUUUUUGGCGUUGUUUAGAGAAGUCUCGUGAUUCACAAGGGGCAGUUUUGCCAGUGGUUUUGCGGUUGUGAUGGUGCUUAUCGAGAGCUGCACACGCAUCUACUUCCAGUAGUCGCGUGUCAGCCUUUAGUAAUACUCGCUUUAGUGCACCAGUUUUCUGCUGAGAACCGUCCUUUCUGUAUCAUGCUGUACGAGCCUAUGCUGGUGCUUAACCUGGCAUGCCGUUCUGAAACCACUGCAAUGCCUGCUAAUACUUUCCCCCAACUUAUGGUUUUUGUAUUGUGCUUAUUAUAUUAUUAUUUACAAAUAAAAAAACGAUAUUAAAUAUUAAA